AUGACGUGUGAAUGUUGCAACGACGAACCCCAAGAAUACGAAGUCGGCAAGCCAAAAGAUGAGAAACCCACGAGACAGGAACUGAAAGUAGCUCGUUGGAUGAAAUCGAAUGUCCCCAUUAAAAAAACCAAGUUCAUGAAUGUCAAUGUCGAGUAUUUCUCAUCUGGAAAAGCUCUUGAUGCCUUAAUGAAUUCCAAAUUCGCGCAAGGCUCGAAACCCUUAUUUGCUGAUCGGGAAGCCGCCAUUGACUUUUUGGACGGCAUGUUGGCUCACAAAUUGUUCCAUCGCGCGAAAAAAGUGCCCGUGAGUGAACAAGAACUGCGUCGCAAACGGAAAGAAGGCGAAAUUGAGACCGAAGAACAAAAGAAAAAACGGAAAAUUCGUCUUGUGAUGCAUCCCGAGCAAAUUUUCGAGGAUGGGCAUGAAGCUUAUAUCUGGAUUUAUGACCCGAUUCCCGUUUAUUAUUGGUUUUUGGGGAUUUUUGUCGUGUUAAUAUCCAUCGUGAUUUGUCUUUUCCCGCUUUGGCCGCCGAAAAUGAGGCUUUGGGUGUAUUACGGAAGUGUUACAGGCGCCGGAUUUUUAGUUUUUAUACUCGCCUUGGCACUUUUUAGGACAAUUUUGUUCGGAAUUAUUUGGAUUUUGACUCUCGGACGUCAUCAUUUCUGGUUUUUGCCGAAUUUAACGGAAGAUUGUGGCUUCUUCGAGUCUUUCAAGCCACUUUAUAAGUACGAGUAUCGCGGAAAAGACUACAAACCGCCCGAGAAAAAGUCGAAAAAGCGGAAAAAGGACAAGGAAAGUGAUGCGGAAGAGGAAAAACCUUUAAUUAAAAAUGAAAUUUCGACUCCAGAGCAUGAAAAAAGAAAAAUCUCCGAAAGUGAAAGCGUUUCUUCAUCCCAAUCCUCAACUGGGAAAGAUUUCGAGUUUAUCGACGAUCACGAGGCAAAAGAAGCUCUAAAUUAA